CAUCGUCGCCAUCCCAUCACUGCCUAGGGAGCCAUCAACCUACACUCCUUUUUUUUUUUUUUCAUCGUCGUCGUCGUGCUUAGGGGACAUCUACCUACGCUCUUUCAUCGUCAGAUUACUUCGGGACACUCACAUCUCGUUACACUCUUUUACUCUGUUGUUUGUCCCUCAGGCACGUCGACUGACACACUCCUUUGGUCGUUAUCCUCGGAAACAACAGACCAUGCACUUCCUCCAAUCUCUCCUCGCCUGGACGGCGGCGUUGGCUUCGCUGGGCGGAGCGUACGCGGAACUCGAUCUUUCGUCCCCGAACAAUAUUGCUGUUUACUGGGGUCAGAAUUCGUAUCGGGGGUCGGGGAAUUUGGCGCAGCAGAAUCUGUCCUAUUAUUGCGAUGAUCCCAACAUUGAUGUGCUUAUCCUAGCGUUUGUGAUGCGGGUGAAUGGAUUGGGAGGCGUGCCUGAGUAUGACUUUGCGGAUACCAGCAAGGCGUGUCCGUUGUUCAGCGGGACGAAUCUGCCGAAUUGUCCGCAGAUUGGUAACGACAUCACGACUUGCCAGAAGAAAGGCAAGACGGUGAUUCUCUCGAUCGGCGGGGCGACGUACAGCGAGGGCGGCUUCCAGUCUGACUCGGCGGCGCAGGCCGGCGCCGACUUGGUGUGGCAGACGUUCGGUCCGGUUUCUUCGUCCUCCAAAGCCCUCCGCCCCUUCGGCAACGCCUCGGUCGACGGCUUCGACUUCGACUUCGAGGCCACCGUCUCCAAGAUGGCUCCCUUCGCCAACCGCCUACGCACCCUGGCCAACGGCGACCCCUCGAAGCAGUACUUCCUGACCGCCGCGCCGCAGUGUCCCUACCCCGACCUCGCCGACCAGGAGAUUCUCAACGGGCCUGUCUCCAUCGAUGCCGUCUGGGUGCAGUUCUACAACAACCCCUGCGGCCUGACCUCCUUCCAGGCCGGCAAGGAUCCCCAGCCCUCCUUCAACUUCGCCCAGUGGGAUACCUGGGCCAAGACCGUCUCGCAGAACAAGAACGUCAAGGUCUUGCUGGGCGCCCCCGCUAACACUGGGGCCGCGGGCUCGGGCUAUGUCCCCAUCUCGCAGCUGCAGCAGGUCAUCCAGUAUUCUAAGACCUUCAAGUCGUUCGGCGGCGUGAUGCUGUGGGACGUUACCCAGGCGUAUGGUAACCAGGGGUAUUUGAGUGGGAUUCGCUCUGCGUUGACGCAGAGUACCUCGAGAAUCUAUCACAAGUUCCGGUUUCCGGUAUUUGGGUUGUAG